AGCAGCGGGGUCAGACGGAGCGGAGUCGGCGUUGUCUGCCGCUGCCGUUGCCGUGCUGGGCUCUGCGCGGGGGGAGGGGCGGAAUGAGCCGUCACCUGGCUCGGCCUCGCGCACGCUGGGGACCCUCCCGCCCCCAGUAGUUACCGCCGCGGAGCGGCCCCGGAAUCCGCCUGCCCGGCCCCGCGAGCCGGCAUGGGGCCCCGUGGGUGCGGGGGGCGCCGGCGCAGCCCGGCCUCUCGCCGCUGAGCCGGUGGCUGCAGGGCCGGGCCGGGGGUGGCUGUGCCGUGACCGAGCGGCCCGGGGCGAGGAGCAAGGGGACGGCGCCGGCUGAGGGGAAGCCAAGGGCGGACGCCCCGGCGGCUGGAUCGGCGCACGGCUCGGGGAGAGCUGAAAAGCUCCGGUUUGCCGCUCUCCGGCUGCCCCGGUCCUGGCUGGCGGAUAUGAGAUGAUAUAAACUCUCCGGUUUGCUGUUAGAGGGACGAUGGCCACCCCCGCGCUGCUGCCCCUGUCUGGGCGUAGACUCCCCCCCCUGAACCUUGGGACCUCCUCCUUCCCCCACCACAGGGCUACCUUGAGACUGUCCGAAAAAUUUAUCCUCCUCCUCAUUCUUAGUGCCUUCAUCACCCUCUGCUUUGGGGCAUUCUUCUUCCUCCCGGACUCUUCCAAACACAAACGCUUUGAUCUGGGUUUAGAGGAUGUGUUAAUUCCUCACGUGGAUACCAGCAAGGGGGGCAAAAACCUUGGAGGCUACUUGAUCCAUGGGCAAGGACACGAUGAGCACAGGCACAGAGAAGAAGAGGAGCGCCUGAGAAAUAAGAUCCGAGCAGACCAUGAAAAAGCUCUAGAGGAGGCAAAAGAGAAGCUGAAGAAAUCUCGAGAUGAGAUUCGAGCAGAGAUUCAGACAGAAAAGAACAAAGUAGCCCAAGAAAUGAAGACGAAAGACAGCAAGCCUCUGCCACCUGUACCAGUACCAAACCUCAUAGGGAUAAACAGUGAAGACCCAACAGAUAAGGACAUCCGAGAGAAGAGGGACAAAAUUAAAGAGAUGAUGAAACAUGCCUGGGAAAAUUACAGGCAGUAUGGAUGGGGGCAUAAUGAACUCAAACCCAUUGCCAGGAAAGGACAUUCCACCAACAUAUUUGGAAAUUCACAAAUGGGUGCUACCAUAGUAGAUGCUUUGGAUACUCUCUAUAUCAUGGGGCUUCAUGAUGAAUUCAGAGAAGGACAAGACUGGAUUGACAAAAACCUUGAUUUUAGUGUGAAUUCAGAGGUGUCCGUUUUUGAAGUCAAUAUUCGCUUCAUUGGCGGUCUUCUAGCAGCAUAUUACCUUUCAGGACAGGAGGUGUUCAAGCUCAAAGCAGUGCAGCUGGCAGGAAAGCUCCUUCCGGCAUUUAACACACCCACAGGCAUUCCCUGGGCAAUGGUGAAUCUGAAAAGUGGUGUGGGUCGAAACUGGGGCUGGGCUUCUGCAGGCAGCAGCAUCCUGGCUGAAUUUGGUACUCUGCACAUGGAAUUUGUCCACCUCAGCUACCUGACUGGGGACCCUGUCUACUACAACAAGGUCAUGCACAUUCGGAAGUUACUUCAAAAAAUGGACCGUCCUAAUGGGCUUUAUCCAAAUUAUUUGAACCCAAGGACUGGGCGCUGGGGUCAGCAUCACACAUCCGUGGGCGGGCUGGGAGACAGUUUUUAUGAAUACUUAUUGAAGGCCUGGCUGAUGUCAGACAAAAUGGACACGGAGGCAAGGAAAAUGUACGACGAUGCUAUUGAGGCGAUAGAAAGACAUCUUAUCAGAAAGUCUAACGGAGGACUGACAUACAUUGGGGAGUGGAAGAAUGGGCACCUUGAGAGAAAGAUGGGCCACCUCACCUGUUUUGCUGGGGGAAUGUUUGCACUUGGAGCGGAUGGUUCCAGAGAUGAUAAAGCUGGACAUUAUUUGCAACUUGGAGCUGAGAUUGCACAUACAUGUCAUGAGUCAUACGACAGAACAACAUUAAAGCUGGGUCCUGAAGCGUUCAAAUUUGAUGGUGGCCUAGAGGCAGUGGCAGUGCGGCAGAAUGAAAAAUAUUACAUUCUAAGACCAGAGGUGAUCGAGACCUAUUGGUAUAUGUGGAGAUUUACACAUGAUCCCAAGUACAGGCACUGGGGCUGGGAAGCAGCACAGGCUAUUGACAAAUACUGCCGAGUCAGUGGUGGAUUUUCGGGGGUCAAGGAUGUCUAUUCCUCAUCUCCUGCAUAUGACGAUGUACAACAGAGCUUUUUCCUUGCUGAAACUCUGAAGUAUCUGUAUCUGCUUUUCUCCAAUGAUGACCUCCUGCCUUUAGACAACUGGGUUUUUAACACCGAAGCUCAUCCCUUGCCUGUUUUACAUUUAGCCAACACCACACUUUCAGGAAAUCCUGCUUAUCGAUAAAAACAGCUCCAGGAAGAGGAGGAGAGACUGCACUCAGCUGUGUUUUGUUUACAUGGACCACUUGAGACUUUAGGCUGGAGAGGAGACAGACAUUUGGUUAAUCUGAGUUGAGACGCAGGGUGAGAAACAACCUCUGCCUCCAAAGCUCUUCAACCUGUAGAUAAGUAAACUCUGAAAUAAUUCCUUUUUAUACAUGACCAAAACACGCUACUGGGGCAUUUGCAGGACAGAGAGAGACCUUGUGUGCUUUGAACCCGAACAGCAGCGUGAAGCCUGUUAUUAGAUAUAGAGUCCAGCAGCCAAAGGAACAACAGGCUUCCUGGCCCGGGGCUGGAGUUUGCUGCUGCUGGCCUUUGCAAGAAACUGCACACUUGUCUCCUACUCAGAUGGGGUGUAUUCCAGAGACUAAGACAUUUUGUUUUUUUCUUUCUAUUUUGAUGAUGGCAUGAGCAAAGCAACAACAAAAAAGCAACGUAACUGCACCAGCAGCACCAGGAUUUGAAAUUUUUUCUGUACCUGUCUGAAUUUUCUAAUCUGCUUCAGUUUGCCGAGACUGGCAGCCAUUCCCAGUGCCUCUCAGACCUUUGCCUCCUUUUCAUUUACCCCCUUCAUAACAAAGUCCAAAGACCUGUGAAGCACAAUCACACCUAGAGAACAGUUACCAAGCAUUUGUUUUUGUAAUUUGCUGGCAGCACUGUGCUGUUAGUUCAUCACACAAGAUAUGGGCACAGAGCAUGGAAGACACAGCUAAGUGUCCUGUUUCCCUUGGUCACCAAUCCUGUCAUAUGGAAAGGGCACACUCCCUUAUAUCAGUCCUUUUCUGCCACUUCCACAAAGAUAACAACAACAGAAAUUGCCCAUCCUGGUUUAUGUGGCAGACUGCGUCACAUUCACUGGGACACAGUUCUCUUUAGGUGAGAUAUAGUAGUUUGUAUCAUUGCAUUACAUUUGUCCAUGCAACCUGUGCUUUUCCUUGACUCUCACUUUUAUUAUUUGGAUAAUGUUCACAAAUCCUGCUUUGUAAAUCUCAAGUCUUGCCUUGUUUUUUUGAGGUGUAUGGCAAGAGACCAAAACUGCCUCAGAUUUGGUUUAUUAAAACAAGUUUUAUCUGGGCCAUAAACUGCCCCAAUGCAAAGUCAACAUGAGAUUCUCUCUGGAAACAUGGUAAAAUCUAUUACACACCAAUAUACCACAUAACUCCAGUUAGUAAGGCUGUGUUACCUGCAUCCAUUAGGGGGUCUAGUUAUUACAUAGUCCUUCCCUGAGUGCAGGGGACUGGACUAGAGGACCUCUCGAGGUCCCCUACAGUGCUACACUUCUGUGAUUUCCUCUGGACAUUGCUGGCUGAAGCAACCCCACUGUUCUGAGUUCAGGCCCAACAGCAUGAGUUAAUGGGGUAGUGCAUUUCAGUCUUCACUUACAGCAUAGGUGUCCUGACUCUUGUCUCCUAUUACUGAGAAUCUCUUCUCAUCUGUAGACUAGAAUCCUGUGCACUCAGAAAUAACACCUGUUAACAUCAGUAGGGUUUGUUUAAAGUGAGUUUCACUUGCUGCUUUAAUUUCUAAACAUUUCCUUUCUUUCAAUUUUUCUGCUUAAGUGGGCAGCUCUGUACCAGGCAUCCUGUCUCGCUGACAGCUUACCAGAGAAGUGUCUUAAAUCAAUAUUGUAUGCAUAGACUGGAAUCAGAUUGUUGGUUACAUAUUUUAAGUGUUUCCUUUCCAGUCAGUUGGCAAUAAAACAACCUUAGGGAAGAUGGCUUAUUCUAUUAAAAGCAUAUAUAAGAUUCA